AUGGAGAUGUACUUCCCGAGCAGGUGGUCCUCGCCGGCGCUCUCGCUCUUCCUCCUGCUGCUGUACUCGGGCGCCCUGGCCGCCGGCUCGUCUCGCGAGGUGGUCGGCGAGGGGUCCUGCGGGGACGAGCAGGACGACGGCGUCGCCCUGCUCAUGCACAUGCGCGCGGCGACGAAGGAGGCUGAGAAUUGCUCCAGUCUUGCCAGCAACUCGCCGCUGGUAGAGGAGGUGCUGAGCAGCGCGAAGAUCCCCCUCACCGGGCAAUCCACGGGCAAUCCGCCGUACGGCGCCACGGUGCAGGAGCCCUUCGGCCAGUCCUCGCCCGUCUUCCCUCCGCAGGACGUGAUGUACGGCUCGGGCCAGGAGGCCAUCGAGCAGGACAAGAGGCACUGCGCGAAGAAGUUCAACAAUUACACGAUGGAAGACUUCGACGCCGCUUGGGACUACUUGACUUGCGAACUCAACCGUCUCUUCAGCAACCCGACGGUGGCAGCGGCUUUUGACAGGGCCAUCCAGGGCUUGGAGCCCAUUGUCAAAAACGCAGACAAUCCGCCCCAGGCCUUCCCGAACCCAUGGAUCGGAGCGUCACAGGCGGAGUUCGUGGAGUUCAUGCGCUCGUACUUCCUCACGCUCCCCGAACCGACUGGCAAGGACAACGGGUUUUCGCACAUCCUCAAGAUGAACUUCCUCCAGCGCCGCAACCAGGCGGCGAUUGAUCUCUUCAACAAGUUCAAAAGCCAGACGCCUCCGGCGACCACGGCCACCACAGAGUUCUUCGAUUGGACGUACAAGUGGGUCACUCUGAGGGGCAUGUAUAUGGACUCGAAAGCCUCCCUUGCUACGGUUGCGCGGUGGGUGGAGUACGUCAACGACCCUGCUCAGGCCGACAACGUCCAGGGGAACACGUCUGCCUAUGAGGGCUUCGAUCCCGACGACCCCCCCUGGCCACGGUUACAAUUCCUUUAA